GACUGUGCUUUAUGAAAACUGGAGGUGCAGGUGACUCAAGAUGUAAGGGUUUGACCAGACUCAUUGACGUGGACAUGUUUGGCUUCUACUCUGACUUUGGAGUAGUGUCUUUCAGAGCGUAGUAGUUGUAUUUUACCACAUCAUUUCUUCUUUGGACUCUCAUCUUGGAAUCUGAGAAGAAUACGAUUGUAUUUGCUGGUUCAACAUCAACAUUGGGUAUACCUUAAUGUAUAUAUAACAUAUACAUUGGGUAUAUGUGGAGUUUUACUGAAAUAGGGCAAGAGCUGUGUGACUGGCCAGGAAAUGGAAGCAAAUUGUCUUCGACGUGUGAUUUUAUUAUUGCUGAUAGGCUGGACUUUCUGUGCUGAAGAGACUGAGUUCUACUCCUCUACAGAUCACAUGAUGGAACUGCUUGUCAUUGAGCGGAGCCUCAUACAGAGCCUCAGAGAUUUCAUCGCAGCGCAAAAACAAUGCAUUGACAGAUUUAACAGUGUUGUUGAAGCCUGUGAAAAUGCCUCUGGAGAUUUCCCAGAGGAUCUGGAAAAACACAUCAGCAACCCUUUCACUGCAUACAAGCUGGUGCGAAGACUGAGGCUGGAGUGGAACAUGGUGGAACAAGUUACCAAGACAUGUUCUUCAUAUAUUGAAGAUUUCCUGACUAAUGUAUCAUUGGUCUCCCAGCGGCUCCCCAGUGAGAAGGACAUGGAUGGGGUUGCACUGGGUCUUGUACGUCUACAGGAAAUAUACAGACAACUGCAAAUCAUUACAGUGGAUGUGUCAGGCCAGGUAAAUGUGACGCCCUUGGAUCCAGAUGAGUCCUUCCGCGUUGCCAUGGUGGCCCUGCAGAACAACAAGUUCCAGUAUGCCCUGCUCUGGCUCCAGGAGACCUUCAGGCAGCUGGAGGAUGGCAUCCCAGCCCUGGUGACCAGGAGAGAGGUUCUGACCUACCUGGGUCCCCUAGCCUUUCAGAUGGGUAAUCUGCCUCUAGCAUUGGAGCUAACGCAACAGUUGCAGGAACUGGACCCCAGUUGCAUGCAGACCAUGGUGCACCUGGCCUACUACAGAACCCUGAGAGAGAGCAUCCGGUGUGGGAGCCAGACACAAACACCCUCAUUGCCCUCAGAUGCACCAGUGGACAUCUUAACACUAAUCAAACCAGCAAGCGAAACCUCAUACGAAUCUCUUUGCAGAGGGGAUGGCAUCAAAAUGGCAAGUCCCUCGUACUCAAUAACAAAAAGCAACAUACUAUGA